AUGACCCCCGACGUGGUGGACGGUCGUACCGUAAUCAUCGUGUCUGUAAUUGUCACCAUUUAUCUCAUUGCCGGGGCUUUUCUUUUCCAAGCCCUAGAAUCCGGCCAUGAUGCUGAACUCAGAGCUAAAUUCAUGCUUGCUGUGAAUCGUUUCAAGGACAAAUACGAAAUUGAUCGUAGGUUUAAUCUCCAUACUUUCAUUGGGCGAAUUCGGUAA